AUGCUGCGCCGUGGCCUCCUCUCGACGAGCAAGCACCUCCUGGGCCGGCCGACGCCGAGCUUCGCCCGGUCGGCCUCGAGCCUGCCGCGGUCUGCUGCUGCGGUUGAUGCGACCGACGUCUCGCAGACGAUCGCGCAGGCCAUGGCCGAAGAAGAGCGCAAGCGGAAGCGCAAGGCCGAGCACAUGCCGAUCCGCGCCGUGCACUUGGCGCGCAAGAUGGACAUCGUCUCGCUCUUUCAGCGACUCUACACGGACCGCUUCAAGGUGAGCCACUACUUGUACAAGGACUCGGUCGUGCUGCGCCUCAGCAGCGGCAACGACAACGCGCCCAACCCAUGGAUUGCGCACCUGAACAACUCGGUCAAGACGUCGGCGUCGACGUUCCCGCCCGAACUCCCGCCGAGCGCAGCGCUUCCCGAGAACCCGGAGAUUCCGUCGCGCCGCGCCAAGGACAAGUGGGUCGUCUACUUUGACUACGGCGCCGUCGUCUUCUUCAACUGCGACGACUCGCUCACGACGACGCUCAUCAAGCACGCCAAGAAGCUGCUGCUUGUCGCCGACCCGACGCAGAAGGGGUGGAGCGAGCUCAAGGAGAACAACAUUCGCGUGCAGGAGAUCGACCACGUCAACAUCCAGGUCAUUGCCGGUGUCUUGGCGCAGACCGUGGCUCUUGAGCACUACGAGCGUCAGGUCGAAGCCAUCUUGGCCGAGUUUGAGAAGCUCAACACGCUCGUCGAGAAGAAGGGACCGCAGACCGCGCUCUUUGGUCUCUCGUGGUCGGGCGCCGAGACGACCGAGAAGGAGCAGCACCGCAAGCUCUUCCAGAUUGUCGCGACCAACAAUACGCUGCUCAUCGACCUCGUGAGCAAGCUGCGCGUCAUUGACCGCAAGCGGCCGGGCGACGCGGCAUGGACCCACACGCGCUACCACAACAUGUGGGAGACGCUCCUUGAAGAGUUUGAGCUCAGCGAGCGCUUCAACAACCUCAACUUCAAGCUCGAGCUCAUCCAGCACAACACCAAGUUCUUCCUCGAAGUGCUCAGUUCGUACAAGGGCACGCGCAUGGAGUGGUAUAUUAUUAUUCUGAUCGCCGCCGAGCUCGCGAUCAGCGCGUACGAGCUCGCGAUGAAGCUGCACUAAACGCCCCCGUCUGCCGAUCCACGCUCGCACGAUACUACGUACAUGCAGAGCUCGACCGAUAUACCAUUUUGUGCCAAAUCGAACUACUUAGACCCG